GGACAACAUGGCGCUGUUCGUCGACAGUUCGCUGGAACUUGUCGGGAUAGUUGCACUGUCGUAUAUCGGCCUCAAGGUGUCGUGGGGCAUUUGGCAGACAGUAAGACUCUACCUGCUUUCUGGACCUCUUGGGCUGUCCCUGGACUUUCGAAAUUACGCAGGAAGGUGGGCAGUUGUUACAGGCUCCUCCGAUGGAAUAGGCAAGGAAUAUGCAGAACAGCUCGCAGCUCGUGGGUUGAACAUUGUCCUGAUCAGCCGAUCAGAAGAUAAACUGAAGACUGUAGCAGCAAACAUAGAAGAAAAAUCCAGUGUCCAAACAAAGAUAGUCGUUGCAGACUUUGGUUCAACUGAAAUCUACGACAACAUCAAACAUCAGUUGGAGGGACUCGACAUUGCCUGUCUUGUGAACAAUGUAGGCACGGGAGCACCCGCAGAUUUCUUCCUAGGCAUAGAUGAGAAGAUGUAUGACCAGAUGGUGAAUGUCAAUGUGAUGUCCAUGAUCAAGAUGACCAGGAUUGUGCUGCCAGGAAUGGUGGAGCGGAAACAUGGCGUGGUCAUCAACAUCUCCUCUACCUCGUGUACGGUUCCCUUUCCUCUGCUGACUAUCUACGCAGCCACCAAGGCCUUUGUGACGCACUUCUCUCGUAGUUUGGCCGUGGAGUACAAGGGAAAGGGUAUCAUUGUACAGACUGUCAUCCCCGGGACUGUGUCCACAAACAUGAGCGACAACCAACCCGUCAACGCGACCAUCCCCACCCCGGCGGAUUUCGUUCGCUCUGCCCUGACAACAGUCGGGCUCACGGGGCUAACCUGUGGCUACUUCGCACAUUCUUUGCAGCUGUGGAUCGCGAGCCUGUUUCCCCAGGAGAUGUUCGCCACCAGGGUGCUGCUGCCUCUGAUGACCAUGUACCAAAAUACCGGCACGAAGACGGCACAGCAGAAGAAGGAAAAGUAAAGCAGCGCUGCAGGCACAUUGCUGUGUCCUUUCACAUAUGUGAUCACGAAAUAUCAAAACUGUAAAUUCCGCUGCAGUACUAUGGCAAAAUCUAAACGUUUGAACGCCCACCUUUCAUUAUUACAGCUUAUUAAGAACCUUUUCAAUUCCUUAUAAUGUCAUCAUCAUAAUCUGAUAAUGUAAUUGUAUACAUGUUUUUUAUUAUUUGUUAUCAUGUUGAUCAUUUAAUAUACUAGUAGAUAUAGAUUUAUUAUCAUGUUGAUCAUGUAAUAUAUAGAUUAUGCUUAAAAUGUGCAAUUCAGCCUCUUUGUAUACAAAUGAAGCUGCCAUGUAUUUUAAUAUGUAAAUGAACGAAGUCAAU